AUGAGACUAGACCGGUUCCGGAGGGAAAGGCCUAGCAAUGUUUCACUGAGCGCUUUCGAGCCUAACGAGGUAUCACACCUCGAACUUUCAAUUCACGAAAGCCUUCACCACCGUGUCGGCCCUGCUCUGUGGACCUACCGCGGGGAUUCGGAUAAACCAGAUCUCGACGACUUGAAGCCAUUGAGAUCACCGACGGAUAUCUUGGGCAUCACAUUUGGCAAGCAAUGCAUGAUUCAGAUGAAGCUAUUCGCAAUGGAAUUUGAUGAUGACCGUUAUCGUCACCUUCUGUUUGAUGAGGCUGAGCUACCUCACUUUGAUCGCGGGAUCGCCCUGGUCUUCUCCGAGUCUGACAACCCAGUUAAAGGUUUCAAUGCAUAUUCUCCUGAUGGGCAGAUUCUCGGUGUGAGACUUCCUGACAAGGAAGCAAUUGUAAUGUUACACUCCGGCUCGGCCAGUACUGGAUUCAAUUUGGUUACCCAGGUGCCAAUUCCCGAUACUAGACCAGUGCGCAACCGUUGGUCUUUCCCACCACCUGCAUUUUCCGCCAAUGGGAUGAAGUUUGCUGUUGCAGCAUACGAUGGCACCGUGUCCGUUUAUGAUGUUCGAAAUAAACUUUCAUUGAUGGUAAAAGAGCCUGAUCGCGAUGUGGGUAGUGUGGCUUCUCUAAAAUUUAGUAGUGGAAUUCUCGGAAGAGAAGUUUUGGCAUUCGCAGAGAACAGAGACGCUAUCAUUCGUAUUGUCCUCCUUGACCCAGCAUCGUUUGAAAUUGAAGAGACACUCAGCUUGGAUCGAAGAAACCCAUUACUAGAAGCGAACUGCAAGCCCAGAGAGCUGAUUAAACUUUUCUUCGAUCCGAACGGUCAAAUAAUGACUCCUUCAAGUUGA